UCUGACAACACCACCACCGGCGUAAGAGAGGAUUGGGUGACUGCUAUUGUAGUUGUAAGUUUAAUAUUUUGUAACUUUAACACAGGCCUGUGUGGAUUUCAUAAAUGUAAUAAAUAGAAUAACAUUGAAGUUGAUUUCUCGCUAAAUGGCUUCGAAAGGGAAUACAGUAUCACAUUAAAACCUAAAGGCUGCUGGAAUGGAACACGUUUCAAUCCUGUGAAGUUUGAAAUUACAAAUAACAAGGGGAAACGAGAUAACAAACAGCGUGACAACGUGGAGGAAAACGUGUUUUUAUAAAAGCUUUUAAAGCCAUUCUCAACGAAAAGGACUUUUGGAAUACGUUGUAAAUUGAGAUUGAAGACCAGUUGCUCAGAUUUUGUUAUUGCAGUUGCAUGGCAGUCAUUAAAUAAAACAAAGUGAACAGCUGAAGUUGUUCUUGGCACACUUGUGACUGUAACGUGCAUGGAUGGAUGACACAGUCUGGCAAUCCUGAAGCCGACUAAAGACAUGUUACCACGGUAUUUCCUGCAUACCAAAACCAAACGAUUUGGGUAAAGAAAGCAUUGGAUGAACGCAGCAUUUACUAAUUUUAGACACAAAAUGCGUAACAUACAUGAAUGCAAACUUUGAACACGGAUAAGUGUGUUAAAACGAGAGCGGAUGUUCUCUGGAAAUAGGUAACAAUCGUAUUUUUGUUGUCUUUAAAAACAUAAAUAAAUAAAAAUGAGCCACGACAUGGAAGGAAUAACAUUUUCAGUGCCUUCUUUCUGGCCUUCUACAGGAGAUGAUAUCAGCGAACCUGCAUGCACCUAUGGAGAUAGUGAGUCAAACAAUGCCAACACUGUUGCUGCAGCAGGCACGUACUGGCAAGAUCCUACUGCCAGUGACAGUCUGACUAGUCACAAUUGCCCCAAAACAAGUGGCGGCCUCUUGACAGUAGGUAAAACUAAAAACAGAGCAAUUACGGUGGCAUAUGUCAUCAAUGAGACGACCCAAAUGCACGAGAAUAUGGCUCUUCAGUGUUUGAAAGAGGCAUGCGACAACGGAGGCACAACGCUGGAAAUUCUUCACUUUGGAAAGCUCGACUUUGGUGAAACCAAAGUGCUAGAUCGUUUUUAUAAUGCAGACAUUGCUGUUGUGGAGAUGAGUGACGCAUUCCGUCAGCCUUCCCUUUUCUACCAUCUUGGAGUGAGGGAAAGCUUCAGCAUGGCCAAUAACAUCAUUUUAUACUGUGACACCAAUUCAGAUUCCCUUCAGUCUUUACAGGAAAUCAUUUUCCAGAAGAACACUUCAUGCACCGGAAAUUACAGCUUUAUACCAUAUAUGGUAACACCACACAAUAAAGUCUACUGCUGCGAGAGCAGUUUAAUGAAGGGACUGACUGAGUUAAUGCAGCCAAGCUUUGAGAUGCUGCUUGGGCCAAUCUGUAUGCCUCUGGUAGAUCGUUUUACUCAGCUGCUGAAGGUCUCACAGGCCAGCUGUUGUCAGUAUUUCCGAGAAACUAUUCUGAAUGACAUCAGAAAAGCCCGGGAACUGUACACAGGUGUGGAGCUGGCUGCUGAACUGGCAAGGAUACGACAGCGCUUGGAUAAUGUUGAGUGUCUCUCAGCAGACAUCGUUAUUAACUUGCUUCUAACCUACCGGGAUAUUCAGGAUUAUGAUUCCAUUGUGCAGCUGGUUGAAACUUUGGAAAAACUUCCAACCUUUGAUCUUGUAUCCCAUCCUCAUGUGAAGUUUCAUUAUGGUUUUGCACUAAAUCGGAGAAAUCUGCCCGGGGACAGAGAGAAGGCCCUUGCUAUAAUGUUACCGUUGGUGCAAUCUGAUCAGCAGGCUGCAUCAGACAUGUAUUGUUUGGUUGGGAGGAUCUACAAGGACAUGUUUUUGGAUUCUCACUUCACUGACCUUGAAAGCAGAGACAGUGGUGCUUAUUGGUACAAGAGGGGAUUUGAGUCAGAGCCAACACUACAUUCAGGGAUCAACUAUGCAGUCCUUCUCCUGGCAGCUGGGCACCACUUUGACAAAUCUUUUGAACUUCGAAAAGUUGGUGUGAAGCUCAGCAGCCUACUUGGUAAGAAGGGGAGCCUUGAGAAGCUCCAGAGUUACUGGGAUGUGGGAUUCUUCUUGGGGGCCAGUAUCCUAGCCAACGACAAUCAGAGGGUGAUUCAGGCCUCCGAAAAACUUUUCAAACUCAAGGCGCCAAUAUGGUACUUAAGAUCACUGGUGGAGACUAUACUGAUUUACCAGCAAUUUAAGGAGCAGAAUAUAGAACAGCCCAACCCCAAGCAGGAGCUAAUGGAUUUUUGGAUGGACUUCCUUGUAGAAGCCACAAAGAAAGAACUAUCUUUAGUUCGUUUCCCUGUUUUGAUAUUAGAACCCACCAAAGUCUACCAGCCUUCUUAUCUGUCUAUCAACAAUGAAGCUGAAGAGAAGACUGUGUCCAUAUGGCACGUGGUACCGGAUGAUAAGAAGGGGAUUCACGAGUGGAACUUUACAGCUGCCUCAAUCCGAGGUGUAAGUGUUUCAAAGUUCGACGAGCGAUGUUCUUUCCUGUAUGUUCUGCACAAUGCUGAAGACUUUCAAGUUUACUUUUGUACUGAGCUCCACUGUAAGAGGUUCUGUGAGAUGGUGAACUGCAUUACUGAGGAGUCUGGAAAGGGUCCAGAUGAGGGAGAGUGUGAGGGGUACGCCCUUGAGUAUGACUAUGAGUAUGAUGAGAAUGGCGAGAGGGUGAUCCUUGGAAAGGGAACGUAUGGAGUCGUUUACGCAGGCAGAGACCUGAGUAACCAGGUCAGAAUUGCUAUCAAAGAGAUCCCUGAGAGGGACAGCAGAUUCUCGCAGCCUCUGCAUGAAGAGAUAGCUCUGCAUAAACACCUCAAGCACAAGAAUAUAGUCCAGUAUCUGGGCUCCAUCAGUGAAAAUGGCUUCAUCAAGAUAUUCAUGGAGCAAGUCCCUGGAGGAAGCCUUUCUGCUCUCCUGCGAUCUAAGUGGGGACCCUUAAAGAAUAAUGAGCAAACAAUAGGCUUUUACACCAAGCAGAUCCUGGAAGGUUUAAAAUACCUUCAUGACAAUCAGAUAGCGCAUCGGGAUAUAAAGGGUGACAAUGUACUGAUCAACACAUAUAGUGGAGUGCUGAAAAUUUCUGACUUUGGAACUUCAAAGAGACUUGCUGGACUCAACCCUUGUACUGAAACCUUUACAGGAACCCUCCAGUACAUGGCACCAGAAAUUAUUGACAAAGGACCAAGAGGCUACAGUAAACCCGCUGACAUAUGGUCCCUGGGAUGCACCAUUAUUGAAAUGGCAACUGGGAGGCCUCCCUUUUACGAACUCGGGGAACCUCAGGCUGCCAUGUUUAAGGUUGGGAUGUUUAAAAUCCAUCCUGAAAUCCCGGAGUCCAUGUCGCUGGAGGCCAAGGCCUUCAUCCUCCGCUGCUUCGAGCCUGACCCAGACAAGCGAGCAACAGCAAGAGACUUACUGACUGAUGAGUUUCUGACCGUCACGAGCAGGAAGAGGAGGACCCAAAACAAGUUUACAGCUCUUUCAGCUGGGUCAGAGUAUCUGCGCAGUAUCUCUCUGCCGGUCCCAGUGGUAGUGGAGGACACAAGCAGCAGCAGUGAAUAUGACUCGGUCUCUCCUGACACAGACUUGAAGACAGACCCUUUCGUUUUCAAACCAAGAGUCAAGUGCUUCAGUGAGAAAGAUGUCAAAGGAAGUAGAUCUUUAUUUUUGGGCAUACCUGUUGAGAACUUUGAGGACCACAGUGCACCUCCGUCCCCUGAAGAAAAGGACACUGGGUUCUUCAUGCUGAAGAAAGACAGUGAAAGGAGAUCCACACUACAUAAAAUACUGACAGAAGACCAAGACAAGGUUGUCAAGAACCUGAUGGAAGCUUUGGCACAGGGAAGUGAGGCAAUUAUACUGAAACAAGAGCACAUAUCCACACUUGUGGUGAGCCUCAGAGAGUUUGUAAGGACCACUGACCGCAAAAUCAUCGCCAGCACUCUGUCCCGGCUCAAGCUGGAGCUGGACUUUGACAGCCAUGCCAUCAGCCAGCUGCAGGUGGUGCUUUUUGGCUUUCAGGACGCGGUAAAUAAAGUCUUGCGAAACCAUAACAUUAAACCCCACUGGAUGUUUGCACUGGACAAUAUCAUCCGCAAAGCUGUGCAGACCGCUAUCACCAUUCUGGUGCCAGAACUAAGGCCUCAUUUCAGCUUAGCCUCAGAGAGUGAUGCAGCCGACCAGGAUGAUGCAGAGGAUGACCUGGAUCCCCAUGACAACACUCAAAAUCAGAGGGAUCAGAGGCAGAGUGCCGCCAACGAUGACACAGUGCCUACCUCAGGCGUGAGCACGCUCAGCUCCACGGUCUCCCACGACAACUCACAUACUGCUCAGAGAUCUGUGAGCAUGCAGCUGGGGAGGAUGAAACUAGAAACCAACAGGUUACUGGAGGAACUGCUGGAGAAGGAAAAGGAGUAUCAAAGCAUCCUGCAUCAGGUUAUUGAGGAGAGGGACCAAGAGAUCAAACUACUGAGAAUUAAAUCUCAACCAAUAGACAUACCUGCCUCAUCAGCAACUCACCAUUCACCCAGUGCACACAGCGGAGACCCUGAGCUGACUAAAUGGAUGAAGGAACACGAAGCUGACCAAGAUACUAUAGAGCGGCUUUUGGCAGAAGAUUACACACUGACUGAUAUUCUUCACUACGUCACAAGAGAUGAUCUAAAGGGCUUAAGACUAAGAGGAGGAAUGCUGUGCAAGUUGUGGAACGCGAUCAUGGAAUUUAGAAAAGACCCCUGGUAACAACCUUAGCUGUGGAAUGCUCCUUUAGUGAAAGCAAGCCUCCAUCAAAUCUGAAAUAGUAUUCUCUUGAAGAGACUGCACUUUACUAUUCAAUUAUAGUCUGUAUCUAAACUACCAUGCUUCUGUAAUGUAUUAUUACAUUUACUUAAAAUGUAAAACAAUGCUUGUACCAUUACAAUUGUAGUCUUUAAAAUAGCAAGUACAGUGAUUUUAUCAUAAUGGCUGUGGUUCUUUUUCUUGCCUUUUAGAUAUGAUUGUUGUCUUCAGUUUUUAAAUUUUAAGAAAACUGAAACUAACACGUUGGGUUUCAAGUACUGUAAAUCCAUUUAUAUUUUGAAGAAAAUAAAAACUAGACGUCAUUUUUUAGUGCUGAAGUAAAAAAAAGCACAAGUGUUCUAUUGUGUAAUAAAGUGUACAUUGUCCAACGUAGCCAUAUUAGUUGUGUAGCAAAUAAAUCACCCUGAAUCUAGCUAAAAUGAAUGCUAUGCUAAUCAAAGGAAGCUUACAGUGCAUUGAAUUGGCAGCAUUCAACAAACACACUGAUGAAUGCACUGUCUAGGACCACAACUGUUUAUGACAUUGAUAUAGAUAUUUAUUUUCAGUGGUAGAGCUAUGCUUCAACCUCAAAAUGGAAGAACAUACCAAGAAAAAGUUACAUGUUCACAAUUUCUAGCGCAUGUUACAAAAUUUUAGUUUAUGGAACAUUUUUGUGCACAUUUUGUGUUUUUCCUUCACUGUUUUUAAUUCCUGAUACAUAUCUUAAUCUUCGUUUUGAACCUGUUUAAACAAUUGCUGACAGUCUGUACACUUAACUGGUUAACAAUGUGCAAUGUGGUCAUGAAUAUUAGCCUCUUUUUUACAAGCUCUUUUACAAUGGGAAGUUUAACCAGUAAGCAUAUGUGUAUGGCAGUGUGCAUUUUGAUGUAAUUUGAUUGACACAGAAACUGAGCUUCAUUUGUUUUUGUCUAUAAUUUGGGACUGAAGUUGGUGCAGAAGCAGCAUUGAGAACAUGCAGGCAGCGAGUUUCACACAGUAUCAGAGAAAGAAGACUGAAAUGCAAUAAUGGAACCAAUAACAUUGUUGCUUAUUGCAGUAACUUAUUUUUUUAAAUGGGGGAAUAUUGAGUGUCAUAACUAUAUAUAUAUAUAUAGAGAGAGAGAAGAAAUGCCACGUAAAUUAUUAAUUCAGUUAAUUAUUAAUGAAUUCACAAAUCAAUAUCAAAUGUUUUUUUUAAAAAAAACUUUCAGUACACAUUGAAUAAUGCAUGAUCUGUUUCAUAAAAUUAAAUCUAAUCUAAACUAACAUCUGUAUGUAUUGCUAAAACAUAUUGUUCAUUUUUACUGGGUUAUUACAGCUUUGAUAUUGUUGUAACGUGUCUGAAACACAAACAUUUAAAGCCAGGUCCAGGUUUGUUUGCUUCUAUUUAUGACUGCAUCAUUGCUCAGCACAGGGGUUACAUGUAUGUUAAAAAAUGUACCAUUCCUAAUGCCAAGUAGCUGCAAACUUCAAUGUAAAAUAAAGCUGUGAAUUUUAA